GCCUUGGUAACUUGCUUACCUAGUUAACCUAGUUGAUACGCUGUGGCAGAGUCGGGGUACCAAGGUCACGUGGCACGCUCCACUCAAUCCAAAGUCGGAAUCGAAUGGGAAAAGGGGACACAUCGUCAAUUGACCAGAAACCGGGGCACUAAUUUUUUGAGCCAGAUCGUCUCCAUCUGCUCCGUCUUCGUCCCUCGUCCUCGUCUCCAACAAAGUGAGCAGGUAAUAGUCGCGACGUAGCCUCUCUCCUUUCCACCUCUUUCCCAUCCCUUCCCUUCCCUUCCUUUCAACCCAUUGAGUCACGGCCUCCUCCCACUUAGACUUUGGGACGCAGCGUCGCUGUUCUUGAUUCCUUUUCUUCUCUUCCUCUCGUCAUAGUAUUUUGACAGAGACAUUGCGACAAUGUCAAGCUUACGAUUUCUCGACCUGGUCAAGCCCUUCGUGGCCUUCCUGCCAGAGGUGCAGCAGCCAGAGACCAAGGUCCCAUUCAACCAAAAGUUGAUGUGGACAGGUCUCACGCUGCUCAUCUUCUUGGUCAUGAGCCAGAUGCCCCUCUACGGCAUCGUGUCCUCCGACACCUCCGAUCCCCUCUACUGGCUGCGCAUGAUGAUGGCCAGCAACCGCGGUACCCUGAUGGAGCUGGGUAUCACCCCCAUCAUCACCUCCGGUAUGGUCUUCCAGCUCCUCGCUGGCACCCACAUGAUCGACGUCAACCUCGACCUCAAGUCCGAUCGUGAGCUCUACCAGACUGCCCAGAAGCUCUUCGCCUUCAUCCUCUCCGCCGGCACUGCCACCGUCUACGUCUUCAGCGGCCUCUACGGCCCUCCCAGCGACCUCGGUGCUGGUAUCGUCUUCCUCCUGGUUCUCCAGCUGGUCGUCGCCGGCAUGAUCGUCAUCCUCCUCGACGAGCUCCUCCAGAAGGGCUACGGCCUGGGCAGCGGCAUCUCCCUGUUCAUUGCCACCAACAUCUGCGAGUCCAUCAUGUGGAAGGCCUUCUCCCCCACCUCCAUCAACACCGGACGUGGCCCCGAGUUCGAGGGUGCCGUCAUCGCCCUCUUCCACCUCCUCAUGACCUGGCCCAACAAGCAGCGUGCUCUCCAGGAGGCCUUCUACCGCCAGAACCUCCCCAACAUCAUGAACCUGAUCGCCACCAUCGCCAUCUUCGCCGCCGUCAUCUACAUGCAGGGCUUCCGCGUCGAGAUCCCCGUCAAGUCCAACCGCCAGCGUGGCGCUCGUGGUUCUUACCCCGUCCGCCUCUUCUACACCUCCAACAUGCCCAUCAUGCUGCAGUCCGCCCUCUCCUCCAACAUCUUCCUGAUCAGCCAGAUGCUCUACUCCCGCUUCUCGGAGAACCUCCUCGUCCGUCUCUUCGGCGUCUGGGAGGCCAAGGAGGGAACCGCCCAGCUCUCGGCCAUCUCCGGACUGGUCUAUUACAUGUCCCCCCCUCUCAACUUCAAGGACGCUCUUCUCGACCCCAUCCACACCGUCGUCUACAUCGUCUAUAUGCUCACUGCCUGCGCCAUCUUCUCCAAGACCUGGAUUGAGGUGUCUGGCUCCAGCCCCCGCGACGUUGCCAAGCAGCUCAAGGAUCAGGGGCUCGUCAUGGCUGGUCACCGCGACCAGAGCAUGUACCGUGAGCUGAAGCGCAUCAUCCCCACUGCCGCUGCCUUCGGUGGCGCUGUGAUUGGUGCCCUCUCCGUCGCCAGUGACCUCAUGGGAGCCUUGGGCUCUGGUACCGGUACUCUUCUCGCUGUCACCAUCAUCUAUGGCUACUUCGAAAUCGCAGCGAAAGAAGGCGACCUCGCCGGUAUGAAGGGUAUGAUCAUGGGUUAAGCACCGUGAUCUCUUUCCUUUCCCAUACCAUUAUCUAUACGCCAUUCCGGCCGGUUCGACGCGUCACAAAAGUUCGAUGGAAGGCCAUCGAGUGUAAUAUGUUGAGUAAAAUCUAAAAGUGCAUUUACAGGUGGGAGGCGAGCGAGCAUCGGGUGGCUUUACUUGAAAAUACUGCCUCGAGUUGGCUUGACGCGAGCGAUUCGUGUGACUGCGCACGGACGGCAUGAUGUAUAUUUUAUCCUCUCCAUGUCACUAGACAGGAAUCAAAAGACUUGUAUAAUACAAUGCAACCCUGCCAGUC